AUGUCACUUCUUAUCAUUGCUUUUAUUGUGAUCACUGUUAUAUAUGUUUUGUAUUUCUAUUGGAGAGUCAGACAGCAUCCGAAAGGACCAUUUCCUCUUCCAGUCAUUGGGAAUUUGCAUCAGAUUCCCGAUGGGAAUCUUGAAGUUUGGUUCGAUGAUCUCUCAAAAAUUUACGGACCCUGUUACACAGUUUGGUCGCCUCUCCCUUGUGUUGUAAUAACUGAUUAUGCCCACAUCAAAGACGCAUUUGUAACACAAGGAGAAACAUACACAUAUCGUGCGCAUCGCCCACCGGAGUCACUUUUGCAACCACACGAAAAUACUGGAAUUCUGAACUCAAGUGGAGAUAAUUGGCGUCUUCAAAGAAGAACAUCACUAAAAAUUCUUAGAGACUUCGGAAUGGGAAGGAAUCUAAUGGAGGAGCAAAUUGUGAAAUCUAUACAAGAAAUGAUGGUGCAACUUGAGAAGAGUGUUGACAAGAAGAGGGCUGAAAUCUUCUGGCCCAUCCAACUUUGUGUUGGGAAUGUCAUCAAUGAGUUCUUAUUCGGAUUCCACUACAAAUACGAUGACUGCGAUAGAUUCAAAAAAUUUGUUGGUGUUGUGGACCACCAUCUACGGAUUCUUCUUGGGAAAUGCUCACUUUGUGUCUCUGCAUUCCCAUGGCUCCGACACUUGCCAAUCAUUGGAGAACUUGGAUAUCAUAGAAUUAAGAGAAAUAUCAUAACGUACCAAUCCUUCAUUAAGGAAGAAGUUGAAAAGCAAGUCGAAAAAUAUGACGGAGGUAGUGAGCCUGACAAUUUUGUGCAUGCUUAUUUGCAACAAAUGAAACAAUCGGGGCACCCGGGAUUGGACAUGAAAAAUUUGUGUGCAUGUGCUCUUGACUUCUGGAUGGCUGGUAUGGAAACCACUUCGAAUGCUCUCCGGUGGCAUAUCGCUUAUAUGAUGAAGUAUCCAGAGAUUCAAGAUAAAGUCCGUAAGGAAAUAUUCGAUAUCGUGGGAACUUCUCGGCUACCAUCAAUGUCUGAUAAGCCUAGUAUGCCAUACACUCAAGCAGUUAUCCAUGAGGUGCAGAGACAUUCGAAUAUGGUCCCGUUUUUGGGAACCCACCAGAGUGUCCACGACACAGAACUUCUCGGCGAAAAAAUACCAGCAGGAACAAAUGUUCUUGCUCAGACUUGGUCUGUGAUGAGAAAUGACACCACCUUCACCAAUCAAUUGAGUUUCAACCCUGACCGUUAUUUAUUGGCUGAUGGGAAAACGUUUGAUAAAGCUGUGCUAGAAAAAACUAUUCCAUUCAGUCUCGGAAAAAGAAGUUGUGUUGGAGAAGGCUUGGCUCGUAUGGAACUGUUUCUGAUUUUCACUGCAUUGAUUCAAAAAUACGAGUUCGUUGCAAACGGGCCAGUAGACAUGAGUUACAAUUUUGGAGCAGUCCUCACUAUCAAGCCGUAUACAUGUGAAAUGAGAGCGGCCUAUUGA